AUGGUUAUUCAAAGACCCAAUACACAGAUAAAGCUGACUAAUGUAUCUAUCGUUCGUCUUCGUAAAGGGGGCAAACGUUUCGAACUCGCCUGCUACAAAAACAAAGUUAUGGAGUGGCGCUCUAACGUAGAGACUGACUUGGACGAAGUUUUACAAAUCCACAAUGUAUUUUUCAAUGUCUCCAAGGGACAAGUCGUCAGUAAAGAAGAUUUGAAAAAAUGCUUCAAGACAGAAGAUAUGGAUAAGGUUAUUCAAGAAAUCCUCAAAAAGGGCGAACUCCAAGUAGCCGAAAAAGAAAGAACAGACCAACUCGAAACACUGUGGAAGGAUAUUGCCAAUAUUGUCACGGAUAAUUGUGUGAAUCCUCAAACAAAGCGACCUUAUACAGUGACUAUGAUUGAAAAGGCAAUGCAAGACCUCCAUCUUAGUGUAAAUCCCAAACGUAGUACCAAAUCACAAGCAUUGGAUGUGAUUAAACAACUUCAAGAGAAGCAGUUACUGCCUAUUCAACGUGCUCAAAUGCGAUUAAGAGUGACAUUGCCGCAGUCUGCGGAAUCGAAAAAAUUGCGUGAAAAGAUCAUGCCUUUAUUGACAUCAGUUGAAGAUGAAGAUUCUGGAUCUAUGGAAAUUGAAAUUAUUGCUCUGAUAGAUCCUGGUAAAUACAGAACGAUCAAUGAUUUAUUACAGAAGGAAGGCAAAGGAAAAGGCCAACUGGAAAUUAUGAAUUUGAGAGAAAAGGAAGAAGGUGAUGAAAAGUUCUAG